ACAUGUUGGUACUUUGGACACACUUUUUGUGGACUUUUUGUAGUCAUCAUCGGGCUGCUUCUUUCUGUGUCUCUUGGUAAUUUAGUUUUAAUUGCUAUUGAUCGUUAUGUGGCUGUGUGUCACCCUUUACUGUACCCACACAAAAUAACAAUGACUAAAACUUUAAUGGGCAUCUGUAUCUGUUGGUUUACUUGCUUCAGUGGUAAUUUUGCCUUUGCAAUAAAUUACAGAUAUUUUGACACUGCACAGGCUGAUGUGUGCUACGGAGGGUGCUAUUUAAACGUUCCAUAUUCAUUAAGGAUCAUGGAUCUGUUCAUAUCUUUUCUAAUCCCUUGCACCGUGAUCAUAGCUUUAUAUUUGAGGAUAUUUUACGUUGUACAUCAGCAAGUGAAAAUUAUAAACUCUCUGAUGAAGAGUGGUAAAUGUGAAAUGGAAGAUUCAGUGAGGAGGAAAUCUGAGAGUAAAGCUGCUCUGACAUUAGGAAUCAUUAUGACAGUUUAUCUGCUUUGCUAUAUUCCAUUCUAUAUAUUGUAUAUAACAGCUGUCACUACUGCUAAAGAAAUCUCUUCUCCCACAAUGACAUUUCUUGCAUGGACUUUGUAUGCUAACGCAGGAGUCAAUCCUCUUAUCUAUGCUUUAUUUUACCGCUGGUUUAAAAUAUCA